GGUACCACGGCGGCUGCGACAUGGGGGGGCGCGGAGCAGACGCCGGAAGUGGUAGUGGUACCGGUCCCACCGAGGGGUACUCACCACCGGCAGAGUCCACCCGAGCCGCGGCGAGAGCCAAGGCCCGAGGGGGUGGGCGUGGCGGCCGCCGAAACACAACACCCUCUGUUCCGUCUUCUCGCGGAGCAGCUCAGCGUCGCUCCCCUCCACCGGCUGCCAUGAGCGAGCGCCUCCGCCCCAGGAAAAGGAGAAGGAAUGGCAAUGAAGAAGACCACCAUCUUCCCCCCCAGACCAAAAGGAGUAGUAGAAACCCUGUCUUUCACGAUUCCUGGGACACAGAGAUAACUUCCCCGUCGGCCUCUGCUCAGUCUCCACGACCUCCGUCAUCUCAGCAGAUCCCUAGCGUCCUCACUCCUAAGACAGUACCUGUAACGAAAAACAAAGAAAGCAGACUGAGAGGAAACAGAGUGUUCUGCGCGUCUUCAAGCAGCGACAGUGGCGGGAGCAGCAGCAGCAGCAGCAUCAACAGCCCGGACAGGGCCAGCGGGCCAGAAAGCAGCUUAAACCACAUCGUCACCGGGUCCAGCCCCAACACCCCUCAGCCCGUGCCCGAGCAGUCCGCACUAUGCCAAGGCCCUUACUUCCUCAUCAACCAAACCCUGAAGGAGGCCCACUUUCAUAGCCUGCAGCACCGAGGACGGCCGCCGACAUGACGGGCUGGCGCUUUCUUGCCUUCUGUGAAGGGACAGUGCUGUGCAGAUUUGAUAUUUCAUCUUACGGUGUUUUAAAAAAAUUGCACACAAAAAAUGCCUGUUGCCUUUUCAGUCUAUAUUUGAAAUAACAGGUUAACAGGCAGUUGUUUACUUGUGGUUUUGCUGCACUAUUGCAAUUUUAAAGGGGCUUUGAAGCAAUUUUUUAUAGGAUUCUUUUGAGGGUGGGUAUCAGAUCCAUGUCACGGUAAUGGUAUGAGGUAAUCUCAUCUGCGUGUUGAAUCCAUAGUUUGUCCAAUUCAGACUGAUUUCCAAAUCUGUCAAUUAGCAAUUCUACUUUAUGUAAAAAGGCCUUUUAAAAAUGCGGGAUCUUCAAUUUUUUAAAUUCAAUAAACUAGUAAAGAGUAUAUAGUUUCCAUGAAAAAACAUACAUUUUUUUCCCAAAAUAUAGACCUUGAUUCAGUCUUGCACUGAAAUUGCCAUACUACCUCUUAGUAUGUAGAUGUCCUGUUGAAAAUACUCUCCUUUGUACAGAACAGUCAGAUCCAAGUGAGACUGUGUAAGCAAAGCACCCUCCCUAAUAACCGUGUCCUCUCUUUGUUAUGUAUUUGUAUUUCCAGAGAGAAUGUCUCUCAGACUCUUGUAUACCCAGAUAACCUGUCACCGUUACUGCUCGAGAGCCUACAUCUCAGACUUGGCAGGAAACACUGCAGCUCCGACAGUCAAAUACAUAACGAUUUGUUGUCUUGCUCACAGACUCGCUCUGUUGGCAGUUUAUGUGAUCUCACUGAUAACCCCACCUCGUAGUGUUGAGAACGAAGGCCUUGUUGAAUGCUGAAAAGUGUAAGUUAUCUGAACUGAAGUCUAAAGUCACAAGUGCUGUGGGACUGUUGGCCAAGGACUCAGUUUACGCUUAAAGUAACCCCCUAACAGUAAGUAGGGGCCACGUUCCACCACUGAAACUGGAGACUGGCACGGCUUAGCAACAAAUGAGCAGAGGCACCUUUAGCUGAAAUGAUGCAGUAGUAUUUAUUUGGAGAGACGGCUAUGUCCCCAUGUUAUUUAGUCAUAUUAGAGAGCCAACCAAGUUUGAAUAAUGAAGGUGUAGAUGAGUCUUCUUCCUCACUGACAAGCUGUCUGAAUAAGGAGCCAGGAUGUGCUGGGUCAUCUGCUCGGGAGGGGGCCGGGGGGACCACCUGCCGUUGCGUGGAGAGGAAAGUGCCUUAGCGUCCAGCAGACCCUCCUGCCUGCCCACAGCCUCCCGUCCACUCCCACGCCCAGCGAGUGCACGCAGCACGCAGCAGGCCUGAGGAGCACGGAGGCUCUGGUCGAGGGGGCUGGAAAAGGACAUGGGGACAAGUAGAGCCGAAGAUGGAGCUACUAGAGGGAAAGGAUGAGCACCUUUCCAUGGGCUGCUCCUCUGCUACAGACGGGACUGAAGGGUCAGUGACUUGAAGCAGAAUGUAGAAUUGUGAGGGGAGGUUGCUGCGCAAGCCACUGCUUACAGAGUGGGCGGUUUGUGCGAGAAUUUUUUUACUACCAUCUUCCGAGUUUUAAAAACACGUUUGACAAAAGAUUUUGGAUCUCAGUGGGUUUGAUGGCAGGGAACAUGGGAAGGAUUCAUUGCUAAGAUCUUGUCUAGCAAUAAAGCAGACAACUAAAUGCUGUAAGAAGCCAGCAUUUGAGCUCAAACCACACGUAUACAACACAAUGCAGAAAUACUCAGGACUCCACCUGCAGGCUAGUGGAGGCAGCCGACUAAACAAAACGUGUUAACAAGAAAAUGUAAAACUCGAGAAAGAAAUUUCCUUUUAUUUACCACCCAAGUAAAAUAAAUGGAAGAUGAAACCAUCACCAAAACAAAUCAAUUCUUUUUCAAAUAAGUAUGAUGAUAGUGCUGGGUUAGCGGUUCUCUCUUAUCCUACAAAAACCAAGGAGUAACAACAUCCUGUCCUGCAUACUUUCUACAGCCUUGGCAGCCUGAGACCCAUUUCUGUUAUGAGGCUUCUUGAUAGUGUAAAUGGGCAUCUUUUAAACCUAUCAGCUCAAGCUAGUAAAACCUUGUACUUCUAUAAUGUGCCGCCAUUAAAAGCAGCAUUAGUGCAUUUUGUCAUUCAGUUCUUUAUUGAUUCUUUCAAGGGGAGCUGAUUGGGUGGUUUGGUGGGAGAUGGGACAGGAUCAACAGGGAUGAACCUCUUGAUUUCUGCACUAACCUGGGCUUUUGAUUCGAUGCUUCUGCUGGUUGAUUUGGCCUUUCGCGUGCUCGUCAUGCUCAGUGGAAGAAGUCCAAACCUCCAAGACAAGACAGAGGGAUUUCAGUAGCGUGUACAGGAAGCUGCGGGGCCCCCAGCAGCCUCGUAGAAUUGUUACCUGAUCUGACUGGAUGCCAGUGGCAGUAUGUUAUGGGGUUCUUGGGAGUUGAAUGCACUGCUCCUGGGGGUGAGCUGAUUCUCUGUACCAGUAACCAGUCCAAACAGAACCUGACAGACAAGAAAGAGGGUAUAAAGACAUGCCAGGCCAGUUAA